GUGUCUACACUCCCUCCACCGAGUUCCGCGUUGCAGAGCAUUUAAGUCCUGCAGCGUUUCCUCCAAAUUUCUACUCUUGGGCUGCAGGAAACCAUUCUCCAACAUGUCCGACCGCGGAGCCUUCGACACUAACGUGGUCACCGUGACCCGUUUCGUUAUAGAGGAGGGCAGGAAGGCCAAAGGCACCGGGGAGCUGACAACGCUGCUGAACUCGCUGUGCACGGCGGUGAAAGCCAUCUCAUGCGCCGUGCGUAAAGCUGGAAUCGCUCAUCUGUGAGUAAAUAGUGACGGAUAUACCAUUGUCAACUAUGGGUAGGAUAGUGCACACCUGAAAACUUAUUUCAGCUCUUCAAAUUUGCAGUAACAGACGCUGCAGAGUUGUUUAUCCACGUUGGCACAAACGGAGCAGAAUACACAAGUUCCUUCUGCGCCAAUCAGGAAGCGCAUACCUGGAAUCACCACGCCCACCUUUCUAUAGCAUCAACUUUUAAUGCCUUUUUUUUUUUUUUUUUAAAUCAAACUUAUUUUGAUGAAGAAAAAAAAAAAAACACUAAUUUGCAACUCUUGGUUCCUUUAUUUAUGCAAAAUGAGGGGAAUUUUUGUCAUUGUGGUGUAUUUAACACUUGACAUUUCAUAAAGGCAUCAAUGACAAAACACACAGUUUUCAAAUCAUCAGGCUUUAAGAUAGAAGUCAAUAUGGGGUACAGCAAGUAUAUAAAAAAGAACAUGGAGGCGAUGUUAUGCUUUUUCUUGGAUUAGGAUUGAAUUAAAACCUGGAUGUGAAUACUAAAUGUGGGUCAAGCUUCAGUGUGUAAGGUUAGUGUGUUAGAACAACCUCUGAAUGAAGUUCGACAAGACUUACUCUAGAGCCACAUGAGAUCUGCUCAAUUUGUUCUCCAAUUUGUGCUCCAAAACGUGACCAAUUCUCAUUUUAACUUCAGAGACAGUGCUUCAUAUUAUGGCAACAGUGGGGGAAGUUUCCAGAGUGCUGGAUGUUUUGGAGGGACCUUGACAAGACAGAAACUAUAAUAACACGGUUAAUGCUUGUUCAAGGAUUUCCAGGGACACCAGCUCUGAAAAUUAAGACUGAGCUCUAAGUUAAGAGAAGCUACUGCAAAGUUACCACAGUGACAACAGAAAGACUGAAAAUAACUGAGCAUUACACCACCCUCCUCAAAAACAGAACAUGCUCACAAAAUUUACCUGUACAUGAAUCUGUACCUUUGCUAACUUUUUGGGCUAGUGAGACAGACUGCGAUUCACUCUAGUGGUUGAGGAAAUAUUUUGCUUAAUCUCCUUGUCUGCAUGUGAAAAUGCAGUGUCAUGCAUCAGUUGCAGUUUUUUUUCUAUUUGAAACCAAAGAAUGAAGUGAUUUUUUUUUCCUUCAGUCAAAUUUAUCUUGGAGUAAAUGUAGAGCCAUUUACACUUAAAGGAAGAUAGAAAACACAUGAGAAACUUUUAGAGAGCCUGUUUGGACUAUAUUAACCACAAAAGUAGAAGUUUUCAUCACACACGAGUGAUCUGGUUUUGUGUUUCAACCCUCUUUAUCUCUUUUUUUUGUCUCAUCAGUUAUGGCAUUGCUGGCAGCACCAACGUGACAGGUGACCAGGUGAAGAAGCUCGACAUUCUGUCCAAUGAUCUGGUCAUCAACAUGAUCAAAUCGUCUUUUACCUCCUGUGUGCUGGUGUCUGAAGAGAAUGAAAAAGCCAUCAUUAUUGAGCCAGAUAUGAGGGUGAGUGAGCAGAGGGAGUAACUUUGGUUUUCAUGAUCAAACCGAGUGCAGCCUUGUAAGUUUGGUAAAGUCCGUGUUCAUUUAAUCAGGAUCUUAUCUGUGGAAUGACCCCGUUGGCAUGCUGAAACAGGACCAUCCAGUUUCCUCUUGAUUUGAAUGUCUGUUUCUUUGGAUUUUUCCUUGUAAAACUGGUUCAGCCAAGAAAAGGAUGAGUUUAAGUCCCUGUCAAAGUAAUUGGUUGAAAUUACUUUUACAGUGGUUCUCUGGACUACUGCUUCUUGAAUUUAAAGUAUAAAAAAGCAGCUGAGUUUUUUUUAAUAAGCUCUCAUUUGUUUGUUUGUUGUACAUACCCAUUAGGAUCCAUGUACACCAGGGGUAUCAAUACACUUUUCUAAAAAACUUCCACUGAUGCAAAGUUGUACGUAAAAAAAAAAAAAUACAGGCAAGAUGAGGAAGGUGAAGAACCUAGUUAUAAACAUGAAGAAAAUCAGCUUUACUCUUAUUUCACAAUGAAGGAAGUGUAUUUAACAACCCAUUGCAGGGAGUAUUGUUGAUUAUCAUAACCUGUUUGUCUAUGAGAAAAGUCCACAGGGCUUGUUUAACAUCAGAAAUUGCAUCAUCGGUUAUUUCCGUCUCUCUUCCUUCUUCCUUCAGGGUAAAUACAUUGUGUGCUUCGAUCCCUUGGACGGCUCCUCCAACAUUGACUGUCUGGUCUCCAUCGGUACCAUCUUUGCCAUCUACAAAAAGGUACUACUUAGGCUUAAUUUCUAUUUUAUCAGCCUUAUCUGUAGCAUUCAUGCUGUAAAAUCACUAUUUAAAUCUUUGUCAUUUUUGCGUUAAACUUUUUGUACCUAAAAUGUCUCACAGACUUGGGGAGUAUGUAAGUAUAGAGAAUUUAAAUAGUCCAUGUCAGAAAAAUAUACGAAACAAGAUCUGAUCCAGUCUACCCCUAUGAAAGACUUCCUUCUUUUUCAUUCAGAUUGUAGAAUGAAAAAUGCAAAUGUGCAAAAUAAAAUAAAAAAGAAAAACUGUUAUUUCUAUAGCCAGGGGUUAGAACAAGCCAAUUUAAGCUCAGACUAAGUGAUCCAGUUUCCUUCUUGUCUUUUUUGUUGGUAAUAAAGUAGCUACAACACAGCAGAGGUCAAGUCAAAGUUCAUUUCAGUACUCCAUUUAAAAGCCACCACAGUCCAACUUGCUGCACAAGCCUAAAAACAUACAGUCAAAAAGCAGAGCCAUUGCAAAGAGUAGUCAUUUAAAACUUUUAAGCUUCUGGACUUUGCUGAUAACUUUAUAUUGUUUCUUCUCAGACCACAGAUGAUGAGCCCACUGAGAAGGAUGCCCUGCAGCCUGGUAGGAACCUUGUUGCAGCAGGUUACGCCCUAUACGGCAGCGCCACCAUGAUGGUACUCUCCACCGGCAAUGGAGUCAACUGCUUCAUGCUCGACCCAGUCAGUAAUAUUUCUUUCUCCUUUUUGAGACUCCUGCUUGUCAAUUUCAGCUUCUUGCAAAUUAAUGAUGUGAAGAACAUGUAGCCCUGAGGGAAGUUGUAACUUUCUCUGCUCUUCACUCUUCAGGCAAUCGGGGAAUUCAUCCUGGUCGAUCGGGAUGUGAAGAUCAAAAAGCGGGGGAAGAUUUACAGCUUGAAUGAAGGAUAUGCAAAACACUUCGAACCUGCUGUUACAGAAUACCUGAAGAAGAAGAAGUUCCCUGAGGUAACACCCACGUCAGGACAUGCAGUUAUACGUAAUAUCUCAUAUGUAAAGAGUCAGGGAAAUGGUUAGUGUCAAACUAAUACUCAUGUUCAUACAGUGGAGCAGUUUUGACAUGUUUUCUUAGAUCAAGGACAGUGAACAUAAAUUUAACCACAUUAAAAAAACUAUGAUAUUCAGUUUUAAACGAAAUGUUUUGGAGACUACUUUCCCAAAACAAAUCUCUUACUUGUAGAGUUAAUCUUAUCUCACCUUAGGAUGGCACUGAGCCUUACAACGCUCGUUACAUUGGCUCCAUGGUGGCUGACGUCCACAGAACGCUGAUGUAUGGAGGCAUCUUUUUAUACCCUGGAAAUGCGAAGAGCCCCAAAGGAAAGGUGAGAGUCCAAUACUGCUUCCUCCUGCCCCCACACAAACUUGCCUCAUCUACAUUAAGUAAAAACCAUGGUUUUGUACCUCCUGUGUCAAAGGUUCAGGUUACUUUAUCUGUACCUGUUGGUAGAUUUGUUUUGAGGCAACCUGAUGACGCCCAGUUUGACAUUCGAUUACAAAUCAAACUUGACAUAAAACCACCCAAAAUAACACACUAACGCAUGAUAAAAAAGGAAAUUUACUAUCUAUUACUAUCCUGAUGAGUUCUUCCUCCAGUGGUUUAUGCACAUGACACAGCUAAGAGGUUUAGGGUGAUGCUGUUUUCUUUGUCUAGUAAUAUCAAGAUACCCCUCAAAAACAAUAGCAAUAAUAACAAUAACAGUUUGUGUCACGAGUCUCCACUGAAGAACUGCAUUUUGAUAAUUAAUUAAGAAAAAUCAGCCUGCUUAAAUCUGUUAAUGGAGUAAAUGGCUGUUGUUAAAAUUUGCAGUUUCCAACGGCCCUGCAUGACUUCUAACGUCCUAGAUAUUCCGUCAGCUGUCUGAGAGAUGAGACAAACAGAUAUUACUCAUGAUUAUAAAACUACAUAAAGAAAGCUUAGACUGUUCUUUCUUAAAAAAAAAGUGACUCAGACUAAUCUAAACAUCAACUCAAAAAAAAUUAAUCCCUGAUCGUAUUGCAAGUCUUUUAGGUUUUUUGGGUUUUUCUUUGAAUAUUGAAACUUAUGGCCAGUUUCAGAGGCAGGUUUUACUAAUAAAUGAUUCAGAACUGCCAGUUAUAACACAAAACCAUCCUAGAAAUCGUGUCACAAUGUUGUUUCAUCACCCUCCACAUUCACGGGCUGUUACAAGACUAAGCCAACGUGUUGUCACAUUUCAAAAGGUAGAAAUCAGCUGACGUUGUGUUCAUGUACUUUCACAAUGCAGAGAACUGAAACUUUUCAUGUUAAUUCUAUUCUGUUUCUUUUACACUGGAUGGACUUGGAGGAUCUCUUGAUGUCUAAAGUGAACUAGAGGAAUAGUACAGCAAGAAUAAAACCCAUUUCAACAUUCAUAUCCUCACCUGACACCUAUUUCAAUAAGAAAAUCAUCAAGUUGAAACUGUUGAUAUAUUAAGUCCUGUAGGGUUUGUUGACCUAAGGCAGCAGCUUGAGCUAUAAGCGUAUUUACACUCCACAACUGAACUCUGCCUCUUCUUUAAAGCUGCGCCUGCUGUAUGAAGGCAACCCCAUGGCCUACAUCAUAGAGCAGGCGGGCGGCAUGGCCUCCACAGGCCUCGAGAACAUCCUGGACAUCCAGCCUGACAGCAUCCAUCAGCGGGCGCCUGUUGCUCUGGGCUCCCCCGAGGAUGUGAUGGAGUAUGUCGCCAUCUACCAGAAACACGCCAAGAAGUGAGACCACACCGACUCUCUCUCAACCAUCCUCACAGCCAAGGAAGGAAAAACCUUGUACCUCCAAACUCUGCACUCUCACUGAAGAUAAAGAAGUUGAUGCAAAUGUAGUUUUUGAUCAUGUCUUGAGGAUUUUGAAGUGGGGCUGGACCAAAAUCAGAUUUGGAGUUAUAAGGUUUUAAAGCCUGUCCAGCUGUGUUCAUGUUCUCGUUGUAGAAAGCUGAAGGAAAAAAAGGGGAGGAGUUUCAGUGAAAACAUGAGAACUGUGCCUGAUAAGCUCAUUCACACACAGAAACACACACAAACAUUCCAAACAUUAGAAAGACCAAAUAUGUGCCAAAUACACACACAAACAAGUGCACUUAAAUAAACAAAACCUGAAGACUGCCACUGCUCUGUUUACCUCCAGCUGUGCCUUAUUUAGAAUAAACAUACAUUCAAUAUGUGCGAAGGACCAAAUACGAAACGUCUAUGCAACCAAACCUGAUGCCUCUCACACUGUGAACAACUACUGUUUGAAAUAAUGAAGUCUCUCAAUAAAAGGAAAUGAGUUUAAGAUGA